UUUUCUGGAUAUGCCGCAGAAGGAUCCGUGCCAGAAGCAAGCCUGUGAGAUACAGAAAUGUUUACAAGCCAACAGCUACAUGGAAUCAAAGUGUCAGGCUGUCAUCCAAGAACUGCGUAAGUGUUGUGCUCAGUAUCCCAAGGGAAGAUCUGUCGUCUGUUCAGGAUUUGAAAAAGAAGAGGAAGAAAAGCUAACACUGAAGUCUGCAUCAAAGUAAAGUUCUUCUGAAGCUGCUCCAUGUUUCCACCAAAUGAAUUUUUUUUAUCCUCCUGACUUUCUUCAGGCCAGGUAGCAGCAAAUAGCAAAUGAAAAAGUCAGCUAGAAAAGUUAAUGAAUAUGCCAUCUAUGCAGAACAGGCAGAAAUAUAAACACAUUAAAAGACAAAUAUGUAGAAUGUAAUAUACUGAGCUGCUAAAAUAAACCUGUUUAAGAGAAAAA